AUGAUUCAACCUCAUGAAGUGCCUUCAUCAUCGACACAGCAUCAUGAUGCGGCCGAUGCGAUGGUCGAUGAAGAUCAUGACAAUGAGAAUGAAUUAACAACGUACAAUGCUCACAAAAAUGAUGCAAAUACAUACCGAUGGGAACAACGUUAUGAUACCGCUGGUGUGGAUGCUCUUGAAGAACAACCCAUCGGUGAUUUUAUGAACCGAAUCAUGUUGGAAAAGGAAUUGAGUAAAAGAGAACGAGUGGUCAAGAGGCAUCAGUUGAUGUAUUGGAAUGCUGGAGCAAGUGCAGGUAAAUCCCUUCCGCAAGAAAAAACAAUCAUCAAAAAGGGAAUUAUUCGAUUUUUAUAUCUUGUUAUUGAUUGUAGUAAUGGGAUCAUGUUACCAUCCAAUCACGAUGAAAAAACUUCACGUGCACAAUCUGUAAUUUCAACAGCCAAAGAAUUUAUCAAAGAAUAUUUUGAUCAAAAUCCUCUCUCACAGCUAGGAUUAAUUACAACCAAGAAUGGUGUUGCUAAAAUAUUGAAAGAAUUAACAGGAAACGUAAAACUCUUAAUUGCGGAAUUGAAAAAACUUUUUGAUGAUGCCAAUAGACAUACAUCUUCUCAUCCAACACGUUCAUUUGGUGGAGAUCCUUCCUUACAAAAUGUUCUUACUCUUUCCUAUGACUCUCUUCAUCAAAUUCCAAACUAUGGCUCCAAAGAAGUUGUUAUAAUUUAUUGCUCUCUUUCAACAUGCGAUCCCGAUAAUAUUUUUGACACCAUUAAGCUUCUCAGAGAUAAGAACAUCAGAGUGUCUGUCAUUAGCUUAGAUGCCGAGCUGUAUAUUUGUAAACAAAUUGCAAAACAAACACAAGGAACCUAUAACGUACCUAUGGAUGAUGAGAGCUUUAAAGAAAUGCUCAUGGCUCAUGCUGCUCCACCUCCAACCACGACCACCUAUGCCCAGAAAAUUGUUGCUCCACCUUCUAUGAGAAUGGGCUUUCCUCAGAGAAGAGCUCACACCCUCUACUCGAUGUGCUUGUGUCACAAAAAGAUUACUCCUGGAGGAUACAUUUGCCCCCGUUGUAAGAGCAAGUAUUGUGACCUUCCAGUGGAGUGUGCAACAUGUGGCUUAAUGUUGGUUUCAUCUCCUCAUUUGGCUCGAUCGUAUCACCAUCUAUUUCCCGUUCAACAGUUUGUGGAUUAUGCUAAAAAAGAAGGCGAACAAUUAUUUUGUUAUGGUUGUCAAAAGCAGUUGUCAACGGAGGCACAUAUUGCCGUUCAGUGCCCAAGUUGUACGCAUAUUUUCUGUGUAGAGUGUGACGCAUUCAUUCACGAGUCGUUGCACAACUGUCCUGGUUGCAAUUAG